GCGCGCAGGCCCGAGAGGCGUUUCCGCCCGCCAUUGCAGGGAUGGCGGGGUCUCUCGGCGGGAUGUUCUCCGGGCAGCCACCCGGUCCCCCGCCGCCCCCGCCGGGGCUCCCGGGCCAGGCGUCGCUUCUGCAGGCAGCGCCUGGGGCUUCGAGACCGUCCACCAGCACUUUGGUGGACGAGUUGGAGUCGUCAUUCGAGGCUUGCUUUGCUUCCCUUGUGAGUCAGGAUUACGUCAAUGGAACUGAUCAGGAAGAAAUUCGAACUGGUGUUGAUCAGUGUAUUCAGAAGUUUUUGGACAUUGCAAGACAGACAGAAUGUUUUUUCUUACAAAAAAGGUUGCAAUUGUCUGUCCAGAAACCGGAUCAAGUUAUCAAAGAGGAUGUCUCCGAACUAAGGAGUGAACUGCAGCGGAAAGAUGCGCUGGUCCAGAAGCACUUGACAAAACUGAGGCAUUGGCAGCAGGUGCUGGACGACAUCAAUGUGCAGCACAAGAAGCCGGCCGAAAUGCCACAGGGCUCCUUGGCCUUCCUUGAGCAAGCAUCUGCCAAUAUUCCUGCACCCCUGAAGCAGACCUGAAAGCACGCUGGACUGCCAUGCAGCCUUGUGAUCCUGCCAGGCAUCUUUCCUUCUAGACAUGCUGUAUUGGAGGAACUCUGUGGGGUAGUGUUAGUUUAUGUUCUGCCCAUUUACAGGACAGAAUGUAAGUAGGAAGCCCAGGCUGACCUUGAACCUACAAUUCCCCUGCCUCAGCUUCUCUGGUUCUCUUACUUUAUAAAAUACCUGAAGCAUUGAUAAACCAAGUAAAGUUC